ACCGGGAAUUCGCAGGUCUAGCGGUGAGUAACUCAAAUGUAUGAAGUGGCUUGUGGGCCUCAAUUAAAAGUCUUGGCCCAAAAUAUGUGUCCUACAUUACCGAAGAAGCUGUGCCUUGAUAUUUCCUUUUUACUUUUUCUUCUUCUUGAUAUUUCCUUUAUCAAGUCGGCAAAAGAGUGUACGAAGACUGACGGGAUUAGGAGAAUAAAAUCACAAACCUUAUAAUAUCAGGAGCACGUAGCUUUUAUUAUAUAAAGGAGAAGCAAUCCAUCUAUUGAUUGAAUCAUCCGAACAAGAGAUAGAGAUCAAGCAAAUAAGAAUAGAGUGUUUGUUGCUUUAGUUCUUAUUUUUGUUAUCUAGCUAUUCUUUGUUACAAGGGAACUAAGUAUAAACUCUCAACAACAUGGAUAAGGAUGAAGCGAAAAGGGCAUUGGAUAUUGCUGAGAAGAAACUUUCAGAGAAUGAUUACGUUGGAGCCAAGAAAUUUGUUUACAAGGCUCAGAGUUUAUACCCGGAUCUUGAUGGCUUGAACCAAGUGUUGAUGAUGAUCGAUGUUUAUACCUCUGCAGAAAUCAAGAUUAGUGGAGGAAUAGAAACUGAUUGGUACGGAGUUCUUGGUGUUGAUUAUAAGGCUGAUGAUGAAAUAGUGAAGAGGCAGUACAAGAACUUAGCCCUUUUGCUUCAUCCGGACAAGAACAGAUUUAAUGGAGCGGAAGGCGCGUUUAAGCUGGUUUUACAUGCUUGGUCUCUGUUAUCUGACAGGGCUGAGAGAUUCCUCUAUGAUGAAAGGAGGCUGCAGAAGAAACCACCACCAAGUGCAAAGGCUAAGGAUGCGCCUUCAAAUCAGUUUUGGACAAUGUGCAGUGAGUGUAAGACACGAUGCGAAUAUUGGAGGGAUUCUUAUCUUAACAAGACCGUACUAUGUCCAAUGUGUGGUAAGACUUUCAUUGCAACCGAGCAAAUUCCACGGGCAGUUAAGAAAACCAGCAAGACCUACAAUGUAUUGUUUGGAUAUUGUAGAUGAUGAAUCUUAACUGUUUGACUUUUUUUAAGAAGUCUAAGAUG